AUGCCUGGUGGUAAGAUUUCUAAGAAGGUACGCCGUUUCUUCUCCUCUGAUAAUAAUCAACUGAUAUUUACUGCUAAAAUAUCAAGUGGGAUUAAGAAACUUAAAGAAAAGUUGGAUAAUGCAGCUAAAAAUCAUAAUGAUUUUGGGUUUAGUAAGUUGAUCAAAGAGGCAUUUAAAGAAAAUAUGUACUGGGUUUGUGUGUCUGAAAAUUUUAGCAUGGAAGAUAUCCUAGGUAAGAUGAUUAGCAAGGAGGGGCUUGAAUUUGAGGAUUUAUAUCUAAAAUUUCGAAAUAAGAUAGAAGGGGAAAGGUACUUGCUUGUUUUAGAUGACGUAUGGUCUGAGAACUGUAUGAAGUGGACUGAGUUGAAAAAAUUCUUGAUCCUAGGGGGAAUGGGAAGUAGGAUCUUAGUGACUAGCCGCUCCAAGAAGGUAGCAGUAUGUAUUGGAAACUAUCCAAUUCAUGUGUUGCCUGGUCUUUCGGAAGAGGACUCUUGGAAAUUGUUCAAAAAAAUAUCGCUUGGAGAAAGGCAAGACGAAAGCAGUCACUGGUCUAGUUGA